AUCAUCAUGGGGUCAACUGCUACAGAAAUUGAAGAAUUGGAAAACACCACUUUUAAGUAUCUCAUAGGAGAACACACUGAAAAAAUGUGGCAACGCCUGAAAGGAAUACUAAGAUGCUUAGUGAAGCAGCUGGAAAAAGGUGAUGUUAACAUCGUAGACUUAAAGAAGAAUAUUGAAUAUGCAGCAUCUGUGUUGGAAGCUGUUUACAUUGAUGAAACAAGAAGACUGCUGGAUACCGAAGAUGAGCUCAGUGACAUUCAGACAGAUUCGGUCCCAUCAGAAGUACGGGACUGGUUGGCGUCCACCUUCACAAGGAAAAUGGGGAUGAUGAAAAAGAAAUCUGAGGAAAAACCAAAAUUUCGAAGCAUUGUGCAUGCUGUUCAAGCUGGAAUUUUUGUGGAAAGGAUGUACAGAAAGUCCUAUCACAUGGUUGGUUUGGUAUAUCCAGAAGCUGUCAUAGUCACAUUAAAGGAUGUUGAUAAAUGGUCUUUUGAUGUAUUUGCCUUAAAUGAAGCAAGUGGAGAACACAGUCUGAAGUUUAUGAUUUAUGAACUGUUUACCAGAUAUGAUCUUAUCAAUCGUUUCAAGAUUCCUGUUUCUUGCCUAAUUUCCUUUGCAGAAGGUUUAGAAGUUGGUUACAGCAAGUACAAAAAUCCUUAUCACAAUUUGAUUCAUGCAGCUGAUGUCACUCAAACUGUGCAUUACAUAAUGCUUCAUACAGGUAUCAUGCACUGGCUCACUGAACUGGAAAUUUUAGCAAUGGUCUUUGCCGCUGCCAUUCAUGAUUACGAGCAUACAGGAACCACAAACAACUUUCAUAUUCAGACAAGGUCAGAUGUUGCCCUCUUGUAUAAUGAUCGCUCUGUCCUUGAGAAUCACCAUGUGAGUGCAGCUUAUCGACUUAUGCAAGAAGAAGAAAUGAAUGUUUUGAUAAAUUUAUCCAAAGAUGACUGGAGGGAUCUUCGGAACCUAGUGAUUGAAAUGGUUUUGUCUACAGACAUGUCAGGUCACUUCCAGCAAAUUAAAAAUAUAAGAAGCAGUUUGCAGCAGCCUGAAGGGAUUGACAAAGCCAAAACUAUGUCCCUGAUCCUCCAUGCGGCAGACAUCAGCCACCCAGCAAAAUCCUGGCAACUGCACUACCGCUGGACCAUGGCCCUGAUGGAGGAGUUUUUCCUACAGGGAGAUAAAGAAGCUGAAUUAGGACUUCCAUUUUCCCCUCUUUGUGAUCGGAAGUCAACGAUGGUGGCCCAGUCACAAAUAGGUUUCAUUGAUUUCAUAGUAGAGCCAACAUUUUCUCUUCUGACAGACUCAACAGAGAAAAUUAUUACUCCUCUUAUAGAGGAAGCCUCAAAGACAGACACUUCUUCCUAUGGGGCAAGCAGUGUUGAUUUGUUUAGACGAUCAAAUAUGAAAGGCACCGUGAACGACGGAACCUAUUCCCCGGACUACUCCCUGACAAGCGUAGACCUACAGAGCUUCAAAAACAACCUGGUGGACAUCAUCCAGCAGAACAAAGAGAGGUGGAAAGAGUUAGCUGCACAAGGUGAAUCCGAUCUUCAUAAGAACUCAGAAGAUGUAGUAAACACUGAAGAAAAACAUGCGGAUACACAUUCAUAGGUUUGAAAUACCUUAAAGGCUUCUGUCAGUUUAAACAUGAGAGGAUAAUGAGAACAGGACUAAAACAUCCUAAAUCCUCAACUUUCUACAACGUUAUGUUCUCCUUUUUCAACACACACCUGGAUCAGGCCAUUUUAAUGGACUUCUAGAAGGAACUUAUACUAAGAAGAACAUAAAUUCUGAGCCAGUAACUCCGGCCAAACACAUUCAAAAUUGCCAUCAAGAGUUUCUGGCCAGUGUUUCUGCCAUUGUCUUUCCUCCAAAAAACAGUCUUGGAGGAAAUGUUUUGAUUGUUUUGAUCCAGCUUUUUCCAGCAAGUCUGAGAAAUUUUUAAGACAAAAGGUGGAUAGUUUAAAAUUUUCAACACUCUGAACCCAGUUAUAGCACGGGUGACCUUGCGACACUUGGGCAAAAGAUGAAGCAUUUUAAAAAUUUUCUUUCUUGUAUUGUUUUAUGCAGACUUCUAUAGUUACCAAUAUUGCAAGGUUUUAAGUAAAAGGAAAGCAAAGCAAAAUAUGGAAAACAAUUUUUUUGCAGCUCUGAAGAACGGGGUAUUUAGAUUGUCCUUAUUUUAAAUACACGGAAGCAACAUGAGAGGUCAGGCUGUUCAGAAGCUGUGGUUGAAGUCCUGUGACAACAGUGGAGCUUUAGCCUGGCUCUGUGACCCGAUGACCAUUGUAACUCUCAAGCUGGGCAUCCACAGUGAAACCCAUCCCUGAAACCAGCGGACCACCUUGCAUCCAUCCCUGUGGUUUCAAAGCGCGAAAACGUCACCCAUAUGGGGGUCAUCACAAUGCAAGUCACACGUUACCUACACUCCAGGAUGACAAGAACCUUCAGCCAUUGUUGGAGACAGGUGUUGUUAGAACUGAGAAUGGAAUUUGCCUUCUGGGGUGUUGAUCCCACUAGGACGUAACAAAAUAUAUUACAGGCCCAGGGAUAAGUGACAAGAAGUGUGUGUGUGUAUUGAAAAAUAUCUAUGAAAAUGGAAACCCACACUUUUCUGUACAGAUAAUAUUAUUUGGCGUGACUUUUUGAUUCUACUACACAGAAACAGACUGCAGCUCUUGGAAACUCAGCUUGCUUGCCAUGUUUUGCCUGAGCAUGUGCAGAGCCUUUCCUUUGCUCCAAACUGAAGAACAACUUUUGUUAGUUAUUAGCUGACAAGAAAGGUCAAGCACAGUUAGGGGCUGUAACUUUUCACUGUACAAACACUUCAGUGAUUCUGAGAUGAAUCUAUCUUUGUGAAAGGUAGAAGCUGGAUGGAAAAAAUCAAAAGUAGCCAUCAAUGAAAGAACAGAGUGAAGGAGAAUCCACCCAUACUAUCCGUUUUCUGUUGUACCUGCUUUUUUCUUGGGUUCCACAAUGCUAAGCAAUAUUUUAAAAAUUGAUAUAAUCAGAAGCUUUUAAGUCUGAGUGAUGGGAUUUUAGAACCCACAACUUAGAUCUCCUUUAAUGUGUAAGCCAUAUUCUAUAUGCAUAUUAGGUAUGCAUUGUUCUAAUUUAAGAUAUAUUUGUGCAUAGACUGUGUAUAAAAUGCUUUUAAAUGUUCUGUGAAUAAGGUCCUUAGUUUUUGGUUCA